CUAAAAUAGCAACAGAAUAUUUCAAACCACGGCAAAGGAAGGACUAUGCUAAUUCGUAUAUUUUUCUACAGUUGCUUCGUCGCAAUCUUCUGCGUCGGAAGCGAACUCCAUCGUCAUGCCAAUCAUUUACAUCCAGGCCCUUUGGAUCCGUGGUCCGAUGAGAACUAUGAAACCCUGCGGGAGAAAAGAAGUUCCGGAGACGAACCUACUGGUCCUCUAGUGCCUUCGGCAUCCGACGAACCCCAUGGUCAAGGAGAACCAAGUGAUGCAGACGGACCAGUUGGCCCACCGAUGGAUUCCUUACCUGAGGACGAUUCUUAUGAGUCGUAUGCGCGGAAAUUAGAAGAUCCAGGAGCGUAUUCUUGGUAUAAAGCUGGACGGUACAUCGGCGAAAAAGUCCGAUUUUAUUCACAGUAUAUUCCUGUUUCUCCAGGCCCAAAAGGUUCAACAGGCCCAACGGGACCUUCUGGUCCUACAGGACCCACGGGACCUGUUGGAGCAACAGGCCCAACUGGCACUACUGGGCCUACAGGACCCACAGGACCAACAGGCCCUAGUGGAAAUGACGGCAUUCCUGGUUUACCAGGAACAGCAGGAGCAGCUGGAACAGCUGGUGCCCCGGGUGGCAGCGGUUCACCGGGUGCCCCUGGAGCGCCAGGCGCGGCUGGAGCUGCUGGAGCAUCCGGAGGUGGCGGAGGAUCUUCUUCAUCGUCUUCAGGUGGUGGCGGUGCUGGUGGCGGCGGUGGCGGUCGUUCAUUGGAUGCCGAUCCAUUUACCGAUGGCCCAGUAGGUCCACCUGCCUAUCCGCAACCUUUCGAAGAUGAAAAUCAGCCGCAGGCCACUGACUUAAUUUCCGAUUCCGGUGAUGAACAUGUAGAACAAGAAGUAAAGGAGACUCCACGCAAAACAUCUCGAAUGGAUCCAUUUUAUAAAGCGGGCAGAUACCUAGGAAAAUUAGUUAGCGACAAAAUGAGAUUUUACGGGUCCCAAAUCCCAAUCUCAGCACCACCAGGCCCAAUCGGUGAUAUGGGACCAGCAGGUCCUACUGGACCUACGGGCCCUACCGGACCUACAGGUCCUACUGGACCCCCAGGCCCAAGUGGUCCUACUGGUCCUCCUGGCCCUGCAGGAAGUGAUGGAAGUCCUGGUCUUCCAGGUACUCCAGGUACGUCUGGAGCCGCAGGUGCAGCAGGUACUCCCGGAGGAGACGGUACAGCUGGAGUUCCAGGUACUCCCGGUGCUGCCGGAGCGGCCGGCGCUAGCGGCGGAAGCGGAUCCUCUUCAUCAUCCGGCGGUGGUGGCGCUGGUGGUGGUGGCGGUGGUGGUUAAAAAAAAAAAAAAAAGAAACUCUUUGGCAAGUGCCAAGGUAAUUUAUAUAUUUGAGAAACUAUUUAAAAAGAAAAGUUAGAAAACUGUUUCGGUUUUUGAAAAUUCAUCAACUUUGGUCUGACGUAGAAGUUUAACUCAUUGGAUCAUUUUGACUUAUUUGUUUUGAUGCAAAAAUUAACUUCUUACUAUUACUGUAGUCGUUAUUCCUCUAUUUAAGCUACCUCCCGCGUGAAUGCAUAAUGUUGAGCAGUUAUUAUUCUAACACGCUUUAAAUUUGUUCAGUGUUUUUCGAGUCUUGAAUUUACUCAGUACACUGCGUUCUUCAAAA